UGAGGAACCGUGUGUGUUCCCGUGUACAGUAGCUAAAAAGGUCUUGCAUGAGGAACCGUGUGUGUUCCAGUGUACAGUAGCUAAAAAGGUCUUGCAUGAAGAACCGUGUGUGUUCCAGUGUACAGUAGCUAAAAAGGUCUUGCAUGAGGAACCGUGUGUGUUCCAGUGUACAGUAGCUAAAAAGAUCUUGCUUUCGUUCUAAUAACCACAUUGUGGUCUUUAGAAUGUCUAUUUACUAGUAGAAUGAAGUUUGAAUUGAUAUUGAAUUGAUGAAAAUGACGAUUAUGCUUCUUGGCAUAAACACGUGAAUUGGUUUCUCGUCGCAUGCUCUAUUUGACUACCGCUUUUGUAGUAAUAGGGUAUUUGGUAUGAAAUCAUUGAAAUUCACCUUGUCAGUGUUGUGCUAGGUGUUAUAUUGGACAGCAUCAUAUAACUGUUGGACUAACUGAUUCCCAUCCGUGUAGUAAGAGGUGUCAGACCAAGCCCCUAUAUACCUUAUAUUUUGACAGGGUCAAUUCUAGUGACACCUUUCUAAAGUGCAAAAAGAUGCCACUUGCUGUUAUCCUAACACUCCCAGUCAGCAAAUACAAAUACCCAGGGUGCUUUGCAACCUACUAAACGCUUGGAGUGCGGUCCGACAAAUGCUUGCAGUGUGAUCCUAGCAGCCUGGCGGCGAAUCUUUUUUCAAAACAGCUAAAUGGUAUUCUCGUAUCCCAGAACACCCUCUGACCAAAGAUGUGGGCUGGAAGCUGAGGGAGGCCCUGAAACAGCAGCUAGUCAUCAUCCAUGAGCGAGUGGAGGCUAAAAAGAUUGCCAAGAUGGCGCUGGCCGAGGUGAGGAACAUCCUGGCCAGGGAGGAGGAAGAGAAGGUCCUGGGGCUGACGAGGGAUGAGUCGGCAAAGAAGGCCAAGGUGGCGGUGGCAGCUAGGAUGAAGGAGGAGGAGGAGGAGAAGAUAGAGAAGGAGGAGUUUGAGAAGGCCUUGGAGAAGAUUAGGAGAGACAAAGAGCAGGAGGAAGAGAAGGGCAAGAAAGAUAAGAAGGAGAAGAAGCCAGAGAAGAAUUCAGGGAAAGGGGCAGAGGCAGUGGGGCAGAAGGCAGAGAAGAAUUCAGGGAAAGGGGCAGAGGCAUUGGGGCAGAAGGCAGAGAAGAAUUCAGGGAAAGGGGCAGAGGCAUUGGGGCAGAAGGCAGAGGCCAAAAGUAAAGAGGCCCCCAAAGCUUCUGCUAAAAAACUCAAGGUGUCUGAUAGGGGGGUGAGGAAAUGAUGCGAGACUCUUCACACCUGCACUGAUGUCGGUGAUCAUUCAACCGCCCCCGAUGACAGUGACACAGGAUGUUACAAGAUCAAUGAGAAACCCCUCCUGUGAGAGGUCUCACUCCAGUUACAAACCUCUGCGAAUGGGAGUAGGAAACCCCCUAGUGUGCAGGGUGCCAUUUCCACAAUGUAUAGUGCAUAUUGUUUUAGCUACUCCCUGCUUGUGAGAAUCACAAUGCUGUCCUCUAUAGAAGUAUGAACUGUUAAAUGAACGGUGCCCAGAGGACCACAAGGUGCUAUAAUCUUACAUCAGAAAGGUGACUUUCUUUAGAGGCACUCUAGAAUACAGUAGUAGAAUUGGACAAGGACGCAGUCAUUUAUUUUGCAUUUAGUGGAGAUGAAACUCGUGCUUUUAUCCAGAGAGAAAUGAUAGAUUUGAAAGGAUCAGCUGUGUGUGUUCCGUGUUAAUAAAGUUGCUGGAUACUUGAA